UCGAUAAACAAUAAAUAAAUAAACAAAUAAAUCAAAAGUUGUUGGAUUUCGAAGAGAUGUGGAGGCCGUCAUCAUCCGAACUGAACCGAUCCGACCAGUUCGUGAGUCAGGACCCAGCCGCCAGAGCCUUCCCAAGAUAGAUGCUAAAAAACCUCCUAUCCUCCAGGAGGAUACUGAUCAUAAGAUGUUCACAGGGUAUGCAAAGUGACUCUGACAAAGCCAAGACAAUGGAGCGCAAUCCAAAAUCUUUUGAGGAGGCUCGGAAAUUCAUUUUGGAAUUGGAAACGUCUCGUAGAGGAGCCCGUGAAUUUAGUUCAGUGGCGUCUUCCCACCCUGUAAACGCUGUGGAUCAGACCGUGAAUGGUACCAAGUCCAAUUACAAGAAGAAGGGCGGGAAAUCUGCUUUCAAAAAAUGGGGAUCAUCCGAGAAGUGUCCAUUUUGUGGAAAUCCAAAAUGGCAUUCUCGUGAGGAAUGUCCCGCUUCAAGAUCGUCUUGUCACGGAUGUGGGCGCAAUGGACAUUGGUUACAAGCUUGUCGAAGCAAAAGCCAAAGUAAGAAUUAUUCAGCUAGGAGUCCCCAAGAGGAUAAAAAGGCGAGUGGCGUUCUCUUAGAUAUAACGUGUAAUGUGCAAAACCGCCUCCAGAAUAGAAUUGAUGUUCUUGUUUCUCCCAAAGGAUCUCUUAAGUCGGUUAAAAUGCAGUUCUGUGCAGACACAGGAGCCGAUGUUACGAUCAUUGGAAUGAACCAAUUUAGGGACUCUGAUCUUUGUCAAUUGAUUCAAGCCCAGACAUGCGUUAAAUGCACUCUCAUAUCGGGGGUAGGUGGACGCCCUCUCGAUCUUUUUGGUACUUUUCAGACCGAUUUAUCAAUUGGUCAAAACCACGUGGCCCGUGGCAUCAGCGUUGUUGUCAGUUCUGAUUUAGACGACGCUUACUUGAGUUUGGACGCAUGUCGGGCUUUGGGCAUUGUUAUUUAA